AUGUGCUCGCUGCGGGUGUGGGGCCAAAUCCUCUUGCCCAUUUUCCUCUCCCUCUUUCUCAUCCAACUGCUUAUCGGCUUUUCAGAGAAUGGUUUUUUCCAAAUCUCCAGACACAGGGGCAAGCAGCGACCCAAAUCUGCGGAUGACAACGGAUGUUCAUUAAAGAAAAAAUGUCAAUUGUGCACAGAAGAUAUAAAAUGUUUUUGGUGCAGUGAAGAACAGGCUUGCAAAAAGUUUUGUCUUUCAAGUUUGGGGUGUCAGUUAAGUUCAGUAUUUUGGUCAAACUGUAAAGUUGACAUGUUUGGAUUUCUGCUGCUGCUGAUCAUUGCAAUAUUAAUUAUAGCAUUCAUUUGGCAUUGCUGCGUCUUUCACUGGUACUUGCAGGGACACAGUUCACCUGCCCCAGCCUUGAUACCUGCCUCCUACCAGGUGUUUGUGCCUCCUCCAAACUACAGCCUACCCACAGCACAAACCUGCAUCUCGUCUGAGACCAACGACAGAGAAAAAUCUGUUUCUCCUCAUGUCCUGGUGUAA